AUGCUCUUCACCCUACCUCAUUCGAUAGCGGUGCUACUGCUCCUAGUAGCAUCUCCGCAAACCCUCGCGCAGCAGCACCCUGAAGAAUUCCGGAUUGAUCUGGACGCCUUCUCGCCGGUGGAAUUACAGAAGCAUCAUCCCGAAAACUCAGCAUGGCUGGGAGGACAGCCUUCGUUUCCUUCGGCAGGCGGUGAAUGGGGAUCAACCCCUGAGCGGCCCGGUUCGGCCAAUGUGAAGGCUGCGACGGACAGCGGUAAAACCGAUGAAGUCCUGUCGAAAAUCAAAGCAGGCACGGACAGCGUAAGCGACGAUCGAUAUAUCGUUGCCAUGCUGCAAAACAUCACAAAAGAGGACAUCGAUCGACAUGUGCAGUGGGUUAGCAACACGCUCCUCAAUGGUGGAAUCAUUCCACCUGCGCUCGCCAAGAAGUUCUCAGGGAUCGCGACAAUGUUCAACUCCGAUGUGUUCAAAGGCUACACUGCGCAUCUCCCACCGGGUAUCAUUCAUUUGAUUGACCAAAGCGAGCUGGUCCGAUUUGUGGAAAAAGAUCAGAAAAUAAACCACGCACAGGCGCCCAAAUCGAACGGCAGCGAGGAUGGAUCGAAAUUCGUCUCGUCCUCGGGAUUUUUCAUGAACGUCGAUGAUUCCUCAGCUGCGGUGCAACAGUACCCUCCAUGGGGUCUCGACCGUAUCACGCACCGUCAGGCGGGCUUGAAAGGCGUGUACGUGUUUCCUCCAGACGGCGGGCAAGGCGUGGACAUCUACAUCCUGGAUACGGGCAUCAACCACAAGCACCCAGACUUCAAAGGCCGAGCGCGGCAAGGCCCGACGUUCUCCUCGAACGGGUUGGAGGAUGGCAACGGUCAUGGAACGCACGUGGCUGGGAUCGCUGCAUCUUCGACAUGGGGCGUGGCCAAAGCUGCAAACAUCAUUGGUGUGAAAGUGCUGGACAACGACGGGACGGGAUUCGUGUCGCAGGUCGUGCAGGGCCUCGAAUGGUCGCUUUUGGCGGUGGGGAAUGGCACGCGGCGGGGCGUGAUUAAUAUGAGUCUGGCUGGGGGAGGCAAGUCGCAGGCGCUGGACGAGUUGGUGAGGAAGGGGCGGGAGAUGGGUGUUCCGCUUAGUGCGGCGGCGGGGAAUGACAAUAUCAAUGCGUGCGAUUCAUCACCAUCCUCAUCCGGAGCUGUCAUGACUGUGGGUGCAAGUGAUCAACAGGAUAAGCGCGCCGUGUUCUCCAACUUCGGGCCCUGCGUCAACAUCUUUGCUCCAGGUACAAACAUCACGUCAACAUAUAUCCCUGGUUCGGCAACCGCCACCCUGCAAGGCUCUUCAAUGGCCGCACCCCACGUAGCCGGGAUUAUGGCCAUCUUUCUUUCUCUUUACCCGGAAGCCACGGCGGACGACGUGUACACCACAGUGUCGAAGAUGGCGACUGCUGGCGCUGUGGCUGAUAGCAAGGACUCGACUCCAGCUUUAUUGUUCAGUGGCAUGAAUGCCACGAGGUUCGCUGACCUGUAUUAUCAGCCUGGCGGGAGCGGAUGGAUGAACAUGGUGUGGCAGACUUUGCAGGAUUCGUGGAUUUGA